AUGAGUUUCUCAUAUCGUUUGCCCAAAUUUCAACAGGCAGGAAAGUUUCAUGGCGAAGGCCAAUCAGCUUCAAGAUGGCUCGAGAGGAUUAAGCUUGAAAUCGCUUCUAGCAACUGUGGUACUAUUCCAAUCAAAGUCUAUUUAUGGGCAAUACAUGUUCUAUUGGAUGGAACUGCAGCGAAAUGGUGUGAUUCAGUCCCCGCAAUCAAAAACAUCUUGGAUGAUUACGAUAUCGCAGAUGCUUCAGAGACAGAAUGGUUGGAGCGUGAGCUUAUCAAACGAUUUCCUGGAAAUGUCACCAGUACUCCGGUUGCCCGUAUAGUUACCCGGCGCCGUUCGUAUAGCCUUGACAUGAAAGCGGAUUCAGAUGCCACGGCAUUAAAACUAGGAGAGCUAUUCAUUGGAGGAAGACCCCGAAGUCGGAACCAGGGGUCAGAAACAUAUCAAGCUUCUGAAGGACAUCGCGGGUUUAGCUACCAUGAUGAUCGAAACUCCAGACGUGAAACGCGGCAGGAAGCGGUGGAACGAAAUGUCAUCAACGAGUACCAUUUUUACAACAGACCCAGAGUUGCAUCGAGAUCACCGGAAUAUCAGAACGAGCCUCACCAUAGCUUUUCAACUAUCAAUCGAACGUCACCAGGGUCCAAGAAGUACCACAAUGAACGGAUCCAAAUGCCGACACCUUUAAAGGGUAUCUUAAAAAACAAAACAGACCAUAACCAGCAACCAAUGACUCAUUCUUACGAUGGCAAAGAUCACUCAAGAGACCGUUACUCUAGGGGUCCUUCUCCUUACCAAAGCAUUAAGAACACUAAUCAUUACCGGAAUGUCGAGACUCUAGAAUCCCGUCAAAAUCCACAGACACACCACCCAGAUUUCACAUAUCGCCCUUUAGAAUCGAGACCAGUGUAUCAGCAAUCAAAAAAAUCUUUUCGAGAAAUCAGAACAGAACCGUGCAAACCUCAGAUACCACGCUGGUCAUAUGUUCCAAUCCCUGCCACUAGAAUCGUCUCUCAUCCGGUCCCGAAACCGACUUACUUUGAAGACGAUACACUAAAACAUCUGAGACGGGAAGAGUCGAGCUCUGGGUCUUGGAGAACAUCAAGCUCAGCCUUUGACACACUUGAGCAACAUUUUCGUGAUUCAAGUCGAACUAGAAGAUGA